UGGCAUCCAGUUUUCCUGCAUCCAAGACUCCAGUGAAAGAAGUGACUGUUGAGGGGAUCUAAGUACAAGCUGAUUACAGAAACUGGCCUUUUGUUGGGUGAGAGCUUACUGAGGACAGGAAAGUUUUAUAUUUUGAAGGUUUUCAAAUUUGGAACAAGGAAAAUAAAAAUGACGACUUCAUCUAUCAGGCGCCAGAUGAAGAACAUUGUGAACAAUUACUCAGAGGCUGAAAUAAAAGUCCGAGAAGCCACUUCCAAUGACCCCUGGGGCCCAUCCAGCUCCCUGAUGACAGAGAUUGCAGACCUAACCUACAAUGUGGUGGCCUUCUCAGAGAUCAUGAGCAUGGUGUGGAAGCGGCUUAAUGACCAUGGCAAGAACUGGCGGCAUGUGUACAAGGCACUCACUCUGCUGGACUACCUGAUCAAGACAGGCUCUGAGCGGGUAGCCCAGCAGUGCCGUGAGAAUAUCUUUGCCAUCCAGACCUUGAAGGACUUCCAGUACGUUGACCGAGAUGGCAAGGACCAGGGCAUCAAUGUGCGCGAGAAGUCUAAGCAGCUGGUGGCCCUCCUGAAAGAUGAGGAGAGGCUGAAGGCCGAGAGGGCCCAGGCUCUCAAAACCAAAGAGCGUAUGGCCCAGGUGGCCACAGGUGUGGGCAGCAACCAGAUCACCUUUGGCCGAGGCUCUAGUCAGCCCAACCUCUCCACCAGCUACUCAGAACAGGAAUAUGGCAAAGCAGGGGGCUCACCAGCUUCCUACCAUGGUUCACCUGAGACCUCACUGUGCUCCCAGCACUGCGCAGGCGCCCCACUGGGUCAGAGUGAGGAGCUGCAGCCACUGAGCCAGCGCCAUCCUUUCCUGCCACACCCAGGGCUGGCCACCCACCCAAAUGGGGACUGGUCCCAGCCCUGCCUCACUUGUGACUGUGCAGCCCGAGCCACUUCCCCCCGGGUGUCCUCUGAGCUGGAGCAAGCCCGGCCCCAGACCAGCGGAGAGGAGGAACUGCAGCUACAGCUGGCACUGGCCAUGAGCAGAGAAGUGGCUGAGCAGGAAGAACGCCUCAGGCGGGGGGAUGACCUCAGAUUACAGAUGGCCCUUGAAGAAAGCCGAAGAGACACAGUUAAAGUUCCCCCCCAAAAAGAGACCACUCUGUUGGAUUUAAUGGAUGCUCUUCCCAACUCUGUCCCUGUGACUCAGAAAGCAGAGCCCUGGGGCCCAACACCCACAGCCAGCCAGACCAACCUCUGGGGCGGGCCAGCGGGCCCAGGGAACACCUUGGACCCCUGGCAAUCAUUUGGUGCCAAACCAACUACAUCUGUUGACCCAUGGGGAAUGCCCACUGGAUCCAGCACAUACUCUGUCCCCAAGGACUCAGACCCCUGGGUGGCUCCUCAGCAGCCAGCUCCAAAUACUGGAGCGAGAACCUCCGACAGCUGGGGUGCCUCUGCUGCCAAGCCUAUGUCUGCCUCUGGGCCCUUUGAUCUCUUCAGUAAUCUGAAUGGUACAGUUAAAGAUGACUUUUCAGAAUUUGACAACCUCCGAACUUCAAAUAACACAGCCGAACCCAUGGCCUCUCUGCCAUCCCAAAGCAAUGGAGCAGUGAGCCCGGAUCUCUCUGACUCUCAGCCUCUGACCAUUGCCCCUGGCAAGCCCAGCAGUGCCCGGAAAACUCCUGAGUCCUUUCUGGGCCCCAAUGCAGCCCUGGUAAAUCUGGAUUCACUGGUGACCAAGCCUGCCUUGCCGGCCCAGUCCCUCAAUCCCUUCCUGGUACCAGGUCCAGCUUCAGCCCCGGCCCCAGUCAACCCCUUCCAGGUGAACCAGCCUCAGCCACUGACUCUGAACCAGCUUCGGGGGAGCCCAGUCCUGGGGGCCAGUGCAUCCUUUGGGCCCAGCCCAGCUGUGGAGCCCCUGGUGAUGCUCACCAUGGCCCCCAGGGCCCCACACCCAGCUCUGGGCAGCAGUGGCUCCUCGUUGACACCACUGGGCCCUGCAGCACUGAACAUGGUGGGCAGUGCCGGCAUCUCCCCCUCAACAGCUCCAGCCUCUGGCACGACCAACCCCUUCCUGCCCUAG